AUGAUUGAGGAGCAGGGAACAGCCCUGGGAUUGGACUUUCCCUUUCAGAAAUCCCCUGGGAUUCCUGACGGCUGCCCAAAGCUUGAAGUGCCAUCGCCGUUCACCAGCUGUAAGGACCUCGUACCCCUCGACUUCUUCAUCAAAGCCUGUGAAUUGGACAUGUGCUACUGCACCAACAGGACCAGAUCCUUUUGUCUUUGCAGAACCAUCUCAGAAUACUCUCGCCAAUGUAAACAGGCAGGUGGAACACCUGACUCGUGGGGGACUCAGCAGUUCUGUGGUAAAUCAUGUCCUUACCACAAUAUGGUGCACCAAGAAUGUGGAAACCCUUGUAGUAACACUUGUUCAAACCCUGACAGAGGUCAUAUUUGUAAGGACCACUGUAUAGAUGGGUGUUUCUGUCCUGCAGGAUACCUGUUUGAUGACCUCACCGGUAGAGGCUGUAUUGCCAAGAAUCAGUGUCCCUGCAUCCAAAAUGGAAUAAUAUACAAACCUGGACAAACUUACAGAAGUAACUGUAAAGAAUGGUCCUACUCGCCCCGCUCUGCACGGGCCUUGAACCCUGGUCUCCAGCGCUCUAACGUGGAGGAUAAAGACUAUACCCUCCAUUACACCCACACCCCUAAAGCUCACUCCCACCUGGGUCACGGCACCAAUAUAAUCAAUGAUUAUUGUGGUCGUACCAAUGCAAGUGCUACUUUCAGUGUUUUCACUGAAAACAUACCAUGUGGAACUACUGGCACCACUUGCUCUAAGGCUGUCAGAGUCUUCAUUGGGAACAAGGAGAUUAAAUUGACAGAGACGGGCUAUCAGAUUAUUCAUAGAGAUGAGGGGGUGGACAUUCCUUAUCAAAUUUUGAUAAGAGGAAUUUACAUGGUCAUUGAGGCAAACAAUGGUCUAAUUGUCAUGUGGGAUCAAAGGACAAAUAUCUUCAUCAAACUCAGUCCGAACUUUAAGGGUACUGUUUGUGGUCUUUGUGGGAACUAUGAUGGGAAUGCAAACAACGAAUUCAUGUUGAGAAGUCAGGAGGUGGUAAUUGAACCCUUGGACUUUGGAAAUGAUUGGAAAGAGUCCUCUAGCUGUCCUGUUGCUAUGAAAAUUAGAAAUCCUUGCUCAAAUAACCCUUACAGGGAAUCAUGGGCUCAGAAACAAUGUAGUAUCAUUACAAGUCAAGUUUUCACAACAUGUCAUUCUCAAGUGGAUCCCAGUCAUUUUUAUAAUGCUUGUGUGAGAGACUCAUGUGCUUGUGAUAGCGGUGGGGAUCGUGACUGUUUGUGUGCUGCUAUUACAGCCUAUGCACAAGCCUGUAAUGAGGCUGGAACCUGUAUUGCCUGGAGAACCCCUAAAAUAUGCCCGUUGUUCUGUGAUUAUUACAACCCUUUGGAUGAAUGCGAGUGGCAUUACAAACCUUGCGGAGCUCCCUGUAUGCAAACCUGCAGAAAUCCAACUGGGCAGUGCUCAAGUCAGAUACUAGCACUUGAAGGUUGUUACCCCAAAUGUCCCUCUGGAAAUCCUUACUUUGAUGAAGAUACAAUGAAAUGUGUUAAAAGUGAGCAAUGUGGGUGCUAUGAUAACAAGGGGGAACAUUACAGGAAUCAUGAGAGAGUUCCUUCAACAGAAAACUGUCAAGAAUGCCCACUGUCAUAA